AUGGCAACUGUUGAUCUGAUACGUAACGUUUUAAUCUACCGGCUCGGUCUGUGCGUUUUUGACGGUAGGGAUCUAUUUGACUGCAACUCGAUGAAUUCCUGCUACGAGAAUCUUCUCGAUCUCAGCGCUACCAAGAUCGACGCAACCGAUUGUCCGACAAACAAACUCGGAAAGCACUGGGCCACGGCUUUUACCGUCGCGCAUUCCGUGAGGUUUGCCACAAUCGUACUGCUGCAAAACUUCAUGCUCUCCAGGUCGACAUCGGCCCAAUCUGCAAAACGCAACUCGAAUGCGGACGACGACGACGACGAUGACGACGAACGUGUGAAAGAAAGCCGACGCGGUGGUGGUGGUGGUGGUGGUGAAGACGACGACGACGACGAAGAUGAUUUGUUUGUUAGAGGACGAGAUAUAAUUCAUAAGCCAAAGAAAUUUAAAGAAAACGUCGACUCUUCUAAAUCAGAAGACGAGUCUUCGGACGAUGAAAAAAACACGGUACAUGAGACCUCGGACGAACAGAGCUCGGAUGAAGAGAUCUCGGACGAAGGCUACUCGGUCGGUGAUUCCGCGGACAAUGAGGUGUCAUCCGAUACGGACACUGUUAUAGUGGACGAUGACUGGUUGAAAAGAAAUAAUCUUAUGUAG